AUGGCGAGAAUAUCCUCCGUUUCAUUUGCUGAGUCGUUGCUACAGGUGGCGAAUAUUAUCAGUAAAGUAGUAGGCAGAACGACCAUGCAUGUCGUUCUAUCACCACAACAGCUACACAAUCAGAUGAUACCGGAUGGGCUCCCUAGGGUGUGGGUAGUGACAGCAUCAGAGAUACAGCAGUCAACUAGUAAAGAGUCUGAAGAGAAUGUGAACAAUGUUAUAUGCAAGUCACAGGGAAGCAUCCAAAAAGAUUUGUUGAUUUUGGAAAAGAAGUCAAGUUUGUAUGGUCGUUUGUAUGGGCGAAUGAACUUCAAUGAAGAAUUGGAAAAACAGUUGUUGAUGUAA